AUGGAAGGACACAGACAGUUUAUGCACGCUGCGGGACUAGGUUGCACGGGUACUCCAAGUUGGUGCCGUCUCACGUACCGGAUAAAGAAGAUGAAUUCUCAAACUGAAAUUGGUGGUAGUGGCUCUGGUGAAAAAGAAGAACCACCACUAUGGAAUUAUGUAACUAAACUGGAGAAGCUAGGAGCAACAGGAGGAACAUGGAGAUUUAAGUGCAGUUUUUGUGAUGAGAUUCGACAAGGAUCAUAUUCUAGAGUCAAAGCGCAUUUACUUGCACUGAAAGGGCAGGGGAUUUCGAUCUGUAGAAGAGCAACAAUGGCUGACAAGCUUGAAAUGCAGAAGUUGGAAAAUGAAUUUGAGCUGAAGAAAUCUGAGUCGGGAUGUAGAGCAGUUCCAUUACCGUGUGAAUCUCUUUCUAAGAAGAGGAAAUCUUGUAUUUCACCAAUCGUUGCAUCAUUUGGUAUUCAAGCUAGAGAUCAGUUGGAUCAAGAAAUUGCAAGGAUGUUUUUUACAGGAGGUGUGCCAUUCAAUCUUGUAAGAAAACCUAGCUAUCAUCGGUCUUAUCAGUUUGCUGCUGCUAGCAAACUUGAUGGGUAUGUGCCUCCAAGUUAUAAUAAACUCCGAACAACUUUAUUGCAGCAAGAGAAGAACAAUGUUGAGAAGUUGUUAGUGCCACUGAAAUCGACAUGGAAGGAAAAAGGGGUGACAAUUGUGAGUGAUGGUUGGAGCGAUCCUGUAAGAAAACCUCUGAUUAAUUUCCUAGCUACUUCUGGAAGUGGUCCUAUGUUUCUCAAGGCUGAGAAUUGUUUUGGGGAGGUAAAAGAUAAAUUCUUCAUUACUAAAUUGUUGGAAGAAGUUAUUCAUCAAGUGGGUGAUCAAAAUGUUGUACAAGUCAUCACUGAUAAUGCUCCAAAUUGUAAGGCGGCUGGAGACCUUAUUGAAGGGAGGUUUCCUCACAUCUAUUGGACACCAUGUGUUGUUCAUACUCUCAAUCUCGCUCUGAAAAAUAUUUGUGCAGCAAGGAAUGUGGAAGCAAAUCAAGAAACAUAUGAGGAGUGUAAUUGGAUUACUGAAAUUCAUGGAGAUGCCCUUGCAAUAAAAAACUUCAUCAUGAACCACAUCAUGAGACUAGCAAUUUUUGGUAAGUUCUGUCCGCUGAGAUUACUUAAGGUUGCUGAUACACGGUUUGCCUCAAUCAUUGUGAUGCUUAAGAGAUUGAAGCUUAUCAAAAGGGGUCUUCAAGCCAUGGUUAUAAGUGAAGAAUGGUCUACUUACAGAGAUGAUGACAUUGGGAAAGCAAGCUUUGUUAAAGAGAAGAUUGUAGAUGAUGACUGGUGGGAAAAGGUGAAAGCUGAGAUUUACAAGAGAGAAAAGCGUUCAAUGUCUGAAUUCAGUCCCUUCUACAAUGUUGUUUAUGAAAUUUUGGUGGCUCGCUGGACAAAGAAUAACACUCCCCUACAUUGUCUAGCUCAUUCUUUAAAUCCAAGAUUUUAUAGUGAUGAUUGGCUGAAUGAAGAUUUGGCAAGAAAAGGUCCACAUAGGGAUGCAGAAAUUUCACAUGAAAGGAUAAAGUGCUUUCGAAGAUUGUUUCCAAGCAAUGAGGAUCACAUGAAAGUUAUGCAGGAGUAUGCAUUGUUCUCGAUGAAGAGUGGUCCUUUUGAAGAUUUAACAUCCAUUUCAAUGAUGACUACUAUGGAUCCCAAAAGUUGGUGGACUAACUUUGGUGCUCAAACUCCUCUAAUCCAAACUUUGGCUUUUAAGUUACUUGGACAGCCUAGUUCAUCUUCAUGUGCUGAGCGUAAUUGGAGUACUUACUCAUUCAUUCAUUCAUUAAGAUGGAACAGGUUAAAUCCUAGUCGCGCUCAAGACUUGGUUUUCAUCCACAACAACCUAAGACUUCUAUCAAGGAAUUCUGAUCAAUAUGAAGCUGAAAAGACCAAGACGUGGGACGUUGGUGGAGAUGGAUUUGAUUCUAUGGAAGAUGUAGGAUUCUUGGAGUUUGCUGACCUUUCACUAGAUGAACCGGAUUUCGAAAAUGAGCUACUAGAUGAUUAG